CAAUUGAGCACAUUGUGACGAACCUUGCAGGCGUGCACUCGGCCAUGCGACACGAUGUGAUCAUGGACUCUGCAGCCCCUGACUAUGCCCUGGUGGAGGGUGAAGCGGAGCGGGUUGCCCAACAAGCCAUCCGGCGACUACGAGAGUCCCGCAGGCGCUGCCUGUCGGCUAUUCAGGAGUGCCCACCUGGACAGGUCUGCACGGCAUGUCAGGGGCUCCACCCAGGCCUCGUUUUGGCCAGAAGCAAGCCACAGGUCAGGCAGCACCAGCCACAUCAUCUCAAUCGAAGCCACCCAUGAAAAAACCAAACUCGCUUAUGCUCAAGGAACCAAACGUCUUCACUCAAGAAGAGGCAUCGUCAACUCCUGCAUCUUCGAGCGAAUUGCUUGCUUGCAUCCGAGCUAGAAAGCCUGCCGAGUCUUCUGAACCCUUUCUGGAGACAGGGGAUGGGGAAUUUGAUGAGCUCCUUUCGGAUCUGCAGACCUUUGUGGCCUUUGGUGCAAGCGUGGAUGGGCAGGCAAGCACCAGUGAAGUGCUGGCUGCCUUCAAGGACAAAGUGCAUGGCAGGGCACCUGUGUUUAAGGCCCUGCUCAGCAAGAUCUGCGAGUUCCACAGGCAGGGAGACGGCGAGGGAGUCUGGAAGCUCCGGCCUGAGUUCCGAUAGUUCAUUCCAACAUGUGCGGGACAGAGCAUGCGGGCUCAAGGCAGUCUGCUGCUGUUUCUUCAAGCCAGUGUAGUGCAGACUGGGAUUUGAGUAAGUUAAACUGCAUUAGUAAAUCAUACUGCUGCGUUGCUAGAGUGGCAACCUUUUAUUGCAUAUUUAAUAAAACAAUGUGAACCACGUAAA